UUUGGAGGGCCGCACGCGCGCGCGCGCCGAGGGGGGCUGCCGGAGUUCCCGCGGAGUGGGCCGGAGCGUGGCCGCGGCUGCUCGCCCUGGACGGCCGCACCAUGGCGGAGGAGGAGCUCGAGGCGCUGAGGAAGCAGAGGCUGGCCGAGCUGCAGGCGAAGCACGGGGAUCCUGGCGAUGCAGCACAACAGGAGGCAAAGCACAGGGAAGCAGAAAUGAGAAACAGUAUUUUAGCCCAAGUUCUGGACCAGUCAGCCCGGGCCCGCCUAAGUAACUUAGCACUUGUAAAGCCUGAGAAAACUAAAGCAGUAGAGAAUUACCUCAUACAGAUGGCGCGAUACGGACAACUAAGUGGGAAGGUAUCAGAACAAGGUUUAAUAGAAAUCCUCGAAAAAGUAAGCCAACAAACAGAAAAGAAAACAACAGUUAAAUUCAACAGAAGAAAAGUAAUGGACUCUGAUGAAGACGAUGAUUAUUGAAUUUACGAUGUUUAGAGACUGGAACUUGAUGGAACAGUUCUAGGAUAGAUAAUACUUGGCUGAAGUUAAGAUCUGGUUGAGUGUUUUCUUUGUUUAUUGUCUAUAUACCUUUUAAAAAUAAACUUGUUAUGCAAAAUUAAACAAA